GCAGCCUUCGAUCUCGGCGGAGAUCGAUGGCUUUCCCUGAGAGCGAAAUCCGAGGAUGUUUCAGAAGGCUAGCGCGGCGAAGGGAGCGUCGAAAAUGGCGAGGACAUCGGCGACGAAAAGUCGGUCUACGCCACGCGGCGAAUCAACGAUUUACGAGUUGCAUCGCGCGCGACGAGGAUCGCGCGCACCGAGAUGGACGAAGAACAGUGCCGAGGGAGCGGUCAGAGGCGGCGGGGAGGUAGGCACGCGAUUUUUCCGCGGGCGGGAUUUUGAAACCUGUUUGAGCGCUUUGAAAUCUAGAGAAAUAGAGGAGUGGAGACCAAAGCCGAGCGGGCAGGAUCGGGUGCGGAGGCUUCGCCAGCUGGGAUAAGUGCAACGACUCGAGGAGGAAGAAGAGACGCGAAGAGGAGAGAGGAAAGGGCUGCGAAAGAUGGCCCGACGAGUCGAGAUGUAUACGCGGUAGAGGACAUCGGCAAAAAGUAGUUCGACGUUCGUUGUACGCGCCGCCGCGCCGAUUCUCUUUCUCCUUC